AUGGCGCUAAAGGAUUUUCUGACGAGGAUAUGUAUCAUGAAAAGAAUGAUGAUUUUGAAGCUUAGUCAAUUCAAAAUUCAGGUACUCUAUGGGUCGGCGGACACGUUUCUCUUCCGAAGGACAGGUAUUUAG